AUGAAGGCCACCUUUGCUCUCUCUGCCCUCCUGGCUACCGUUGCCGUGGCUCUGCCCACCCCUACCAGCAUGGUCCCUGGUGCCGCUUCCAGCGCUGUUAGCAUGGUCAGCAAGACCGUCCACAGCGUCCUGACUGUCACCAACCAGCAGACCGGCAAGAACAUGCUGGUUGAGCUUGAGCAGGGCUUCGCUAGCCAGCUCACUGGCCUUAACCUCGGAAACCCCACCAGCUCUGUCGGAACCAUCGUUCAGACUGCUUCCUCCCUGUCGGAGCUCCAGAGCCUCACCUCCGGUCUCACCGGCCUCACCUUCGUCACCAGCACUGGCGAGUACGUCCUUGUUCAGCUCGACAGCACCGUCGAGGGUCUCCUGGCCACCCUUGGUCUCUCUGCCGUCGGCGACGUUGUCGGCACUGUCGUCUCCACCCUCGAGAGUGUUGCCUCCAACGCCAAGCGCUCCGAGCUCAACAACGUCCUUUCCAUCACCGGCCUGAACAACGAGCCCAUCCUCGUCAAGGCUGAGUCCACCCUCACCGAUGCUCUCUCCCCCGUCCAGGGUACCGUCGGCACCGUUGUUGCCUCCGUCCCCGAGGUUUCCGACCUCGCUUCCAAGGCCUCCGAGCUUGGCCUCCCCACCAACGAGCUUUUCGGUGUUGCCAGCGCUGACGGUGCCUCUGUCUUGCUUGUCCGUGUCGAGUCCCUUGCCGGUGGCCUCACCUCCACUGUCACUGGCCUUCUGUCCGGCCUCGGUCUUGGUGACCUGACCAGCACUGUUGGCACCGUUGUCAGCUCCGCUCAGGGUGUUACCUCUCUGUAA